AAAGCGAUAACCAAACGGUUAUUUUUUCUUUGGUUUCUCACCACCGUUGAGGUGGUUGAUGAUGACUCCAUGGACAUCGGAGCAGUUAUUUCAUGCGACCGACCCACGAUGCCAGUAAUCUCCAUGAUAGACACCAUGUCUACUCGUGAUGAAGUGGGUAGAAGGAAGUUAUCUUCCUCUAUUUAUAAAAAGGACGAAGCAAGUUCUGAUUUCAUUCACACUUUACUCGCAAACCUAAUCUCUUUCUGUUGGAGAUUCUUCAUCUUUCUGACUCUAAUGGCGGACAAUUUGCGUCGUGCGCUACAAGACAUUGAUCUGGGUAUCAACGAUGCCCCUUUUGUUCUUCCUACCGAGGUCGUUCGUCAAGCAGAGGAGGAAAAUCGUUUCAUCCUAAUUGGAAGACCAGUCAUGCCGCGACGACAAAACCUGAGGGCAAUCGUUGCCACAAUGCCCCGCAAUUGGGGUUUUGAAGGCACGGUGAGGGGUCGUAUGAUUGAGGGAAGAAGAUUUCAAUUCGUCUUCCCAUCUGAGGAGGCUCUGGAUACAGUGAUUCGAAGAGGUCCGUGGACUUUUUCUGAUAGGAUGCUGGUGCUUCAACGCUGGACUCCACUAAUGGAUCUGGAUCUGCUCAAUUACAUCCCUUUCUGGAUCCAAGUAAGGGGUAUCCCUUUUCAAUACAUGAAUCGGGAAGUCAUUCUCCACAAUGCGAGAUCCAUGAAUCAACAAUACAUCCAAAUGAAGUAUAACAAGGAAAAUGGCCAACGUCUGGAGUUUGUAAAGAUCAGACUCAACUGGAACAUUGCUCAUCCUCUACGCUUUCAGCGAAACUACCAGUUCACUGCGGGAGUCAACACAGUCUUGAAGUUUCAAUAUGAGCGCCUUAGAGGUUUCUGUGAGGCAUGUGGGAUGAUCACACAUGAUUCAGGAGCUUGUCUCAUCAACAAUGGUGAUCCUGGGAAUGAUGGUGAUGAUGACGAUAGCGAUGAUGAUGGAGAAGGAGACAUUCCAAUACCCAACCAAGGUGUCAUCAUCGCAGAAAAUGAAGAAGAAGAUGACCAGGCUAAAGAUGGUGAUGCUGACGAGGAGAAUCAGGAAGCAUAUGAGAGCAACAUUGCUGCAAUGGAGGAGGAAGCUGACGAUGAGGAUUUCUGGACCAACAAUGCGAUGAGAACUAUGUAUACGGAUGAUGUGAUCUCAGAGGAAAUGCAUAAUCCAAUUGAUCCCUUUGGUCUAAAAGAACAAGCAGCAUCUACGCUCAAGCGCAAGACGUGGCUUUCAGACACGAAUGGUCAGACUCCAAUGUUCAACAAGCGGGAGAGAGGUGAAACAAGUCAAGGAAGUAAGCUACAGAGAGUUGAGGAGUCUUCAGAGUCUGAUGACACAGAGCCAGCUGAGGAUGGCAACAAAAAAGUGGGAGGUGCGGUGGGCCCUGAACCACCUCUUCCACCAUGAAGACAGCCUGCUGGAACUGUCGAGGUCUAGGCAAUGACUCGACAGUUCGACGCCUCAAGGAGAUAGAUCGGAAAUAUCUCAUGGACAUUAUAUGCCUUACCGAAACAAAGCAGCAGGACGAUGUCAUUAGAGACGUGGGAGCUCAGUUAGAUUGCUUGAAUUAUGUGUAUGUUCCUCCAGUAGGUCUUAGUGGUGGCUUGGUUGUGUACUGGAAGUCUCAUGUACAGUUGCAAGUCUUGUUUCAG